CCACCCUUUUGACCAUAACAUUUUUAUUGAUGAGCAGAAUAAUCAGAGAACAGAUAGACCACGAAGAUGAGCUUAGCUCUGUUUGGCUUUGGAGGAAUAAGGCUUGUUGAGGCCAGAGUAGCUGCCUCGAGUCCGGCGCAGUUGGCAGAGAGCCAGCCCCAAGUCUCUCCAAUUGCCUUGUGUGGGCCUCAACUGGUGAGCCACCCUCUCCUUCUCCCUCCACUGACAGAGGCAACAAGAGCAGUAAGACUGUGAAGCACUUCAAGCGGAUCCCAGAGGGCAGUCACCAGCAUGACAUGAUGAAGCAUGCAGCAGCCACUCUAGGCAGUGGGAACCUGAAACUGGCAGUCCAGCUCCCCGAGGGAGAAGACCUGAACGAGUGGAUCGCUGUCAACACUGUUGACUUCUUCAAUCAGAUAAACAUGUUGUAUGGAACCAUCACAGAGCAUUGCACCACAGAGUCCUGUCCCGUCAUGAGUGCAGGACCAAAGUAUGAGUAUCAUUGGGCUGAUGGUACAUCUGUGAAGAAGCCAAUCAAGUGCUCGGCCCCCAAGUACAUUGACUACCUUAUGACAUGGGUCCAGGACCAGCUGGACAAUGAAACUAUCUUUCCCUCCAAAAUUGGAACAUCUUUCCCACGGAACUUUAUUACCAUUGCCAAGACCAUCCUGAAGAGGUUGUUUAGGGUCUACGCUCACAUCUACCACGCCCACUUUGAUGACAUCAUCUCUCUGAAGGAGGAGGCUCAUCUCAACACUUCAUUCAAACACUUCAUCUACUUUGUCCAUGAGUUCACUCUCAUUGAGAAGAAAGAACUCUCUCCCAUGCAAGAGCUCAUUGACCGCAUGAUGAAGGCUUAGCCAUUGCAGUGACUUACUGACUCCUUGUGUUUGUGCCUUCUCUGUGUACACUCUUGUGUGUGUCUGUUGAAUAAUCAUAGUGAAUGUGGCAUGCCGCGCGUGCCGAGAGGUAGGUGUGGUUAUCCUGUUGCAUACCUCCUCUAGCUGAUCGGUGUCCAGAGCGAAGAGAAACGGCCGCGGUCUGCUAAAAGCCGGACUGGUCUCCAUUAAGUGAUGUCUGGGGAAGGAGAGGCCGUAAAGAGAGUGCGACAGAUGACUGGAGAAGACGGGAAAGACAAGGAAAGUGAAGCGAAGGUAAGGCAGGGGUGCGGCUCGGUGCAAAAAGCCUCUGUCCUUCUCCCUCUAGUCCUCCGACAGAAUGCCUCUGUUGGGCGGUCUGGACCAGCGAUGGAGGAACUGGUGGAUACGAGGGAUUCUGUCUAUAGUCAUGAUCUCUCUGUUCGCAGUCGUCAUAUACCUAGGACCCAUAGCCCUUUCACUCCUGGUUGUUGGCUUGUUGCUCAAGUGUUUCCAGGAGAUCAUAGCCAUUGGCUACUCCAAGUAUCGGGAGCACAACCUACCUCUCUACCGGGUCCUCAACUGGUUCAUCGCCAUAGUAGCCAGUAUCUUCAUCUACUGUGACAACUUCUUCUACUAUUACCCUGAGCUCAAGGGAACGACUGGCUUGUUUUCUUUCUUUGGCCAAUACCAUCGCAUCAUCUGCUUGUCUCUGUAUGUGGCUGGUUUUGUUUUGUUUGUGCUGACUCUACAAAAAGACCUCUACAACACCCAGUUCUCCAUGUUCACGUGGACCCACAUCACCCUGUUCCUCUUUGGCUGCCCCGCCUACCUUAGCAUCCAGAACACCUUUGAGAGCAUCUUCUGGCUCAUUGUUCCUGUCAGUCUGGUGGUCUGUAAUGACAUCAUGGCCUAUCUCUUUGGUUUCUUUUUGGGACGAACACCUCUCAUCAAGCUCUCCCCAAAGAAGACUUGGGAAGGCUUUAUCGGUGCAGUCUUUGCCACUAUGCUCUUUGGACUAGUAUUGUCACAUAUGCUAGCCAAGUAUGACUACUUUGUCUGUUUCAAGGGAGGAACAGACUGUGAGCGGCCAGCUAUAUUUGUUCUACAAGAAUACAAUGUUGGCACCUUCUUCUUCUACCUGUACCCUGCUGUGCUCCACUCCCUUGCUCUCUCAGUGUUUGCCUCACUCCUAGCUCCUUUUGGGGGCUUCUUUGCCUCUGGCUUCAAGAGGGCGUUCAAAGUGAAAGACUUUGCAGACGUGAUCCCAGGCCAUGGAGGAAUAGUGGACCGCUUUGACUGCCAACUCCUCAUGGCAGUCUUUGCUAAUGUUUACUACUUCACUUUCUGCAGGUCUCCUGACCCAGACAAGCUGGUAGCCAUCCUGCUGUCUCUGCCCCUCGACCAGCAGAGAGAGAUCUUCACCCAUCUGCAACAGGCCCUGGCAAACACAUCCUAGCAAUACACCACGGCCAUUUUAUAUUGUUAUACCCUUAUCGUUAGCUAUGGACGUUUCAACCAUUGUUCAGCCAGAUGCUGGUCUUACUGUAUACGAAGUCCAUUGUCAAGAGCCAUGUCUUCGGGCAUAUGUAGAAAAAUUUUGGGUUACUAUAAUUAUAAAUUUCGUCGCCCACACUGGUGUUCCUUCUUGUAUUUUGCUGGGUAAACACCUUACAACCUCAAGUCGCUUUCAGCGUCCGGCAGCGCCGUCCCGCUACACUCGACGAUGCCGUCACCGCCACCUUGGAGAUGGAGUCGUACAU